UUAAAAGUCGUCGUUAGGGAAAUGGCCGCGCAGCUUGGUACGUUUGCUGAGGAGAGGGACAAAGCCAAGGCAGGCCGUAAGAAGAAGCGGAGGGAGGGUUCGCCCUGCUCGGAGAAGAAGAGAAAGAAGAAAAGCGAACUAGAUGACGGGGACGAGUUGAACGAGAAGGAGGCUAAGCAGAGGAAGCUGGCCAAUGACACCCACCACAGCUGUCACCAUCACCACCAUCAUCAUCACCACAAACACCACCAUCACCACCAUGGCAAAGAGGAGCUGCCUCCUACAGGCCUGCCACAUACUGCCAUCCCUGAACCCCCCAUCACCCCGGCCAUCUUCACCCCGAAACAAGCGGACAGGCCUAGGGACAAGAGCAAGAAGAAGCACCGCACCAAGAAAGAGAAUGAGGACGGAGAGACCCCCUUAAGGACUGUCAAAAAAGAAAUUCCAGAUGAGAAUGGCAAAUCCCAGAGAGUACUAAAUGAUAAGGCUUUCCUUCUUAAGAAGCUCAAGAAAAAGAAGAAAAAGAAGCACAGAGAUGAUUUAAGAGGCAGACGGCUAAAAAUGUACAACAAAGAGGUCCAGACCCUGUGUGCUGGACUUACCCGCAUUAAUCAGGCCUCCCUAGACCAAGCCAGUGUAGGAGUAGAAAUGAACCAGGAGUCCUGCAGAUACCUAAAGGAUGAGCAGCUUUGCCGGUCAGACCUUGGAACUGAAGAAUAUAGGGUUCCUCAGGAGGUCCAGAUGCCUUUUGCAUCUCAUCAGGAGCACUGCAUCCGUACCAGUAUCUUCAAAACAGAAUCUCGAUUCAGCAGACUAAUGCAUGAAGAGAUUCAGUCGAAUGGCGGAGCCCCAGUUUUACAUGCUUACAUGGAUGAACUCUCCUUUUUGUCUCCUAUGGAGAUGGAGAGAUUUGCUGAGGAGUUCCUGGAAAAGACAUUUAUUGAGAAUGAAAAAAAUGCUUCUGACUAUGCCUUGGCCAUAGUUCACGGUGCAGCGGCUUAUUUGCCAGAUUUUCUGGAUUACUUUGCUUUUAACUUUCCAAAUACACCAGUUAAAAUGGAGAUUCUUGGCAAGAAAGACAUUGAGACGACAACAAUUGCAAACUUUCAUUCACAGGUCAGCAGAACCUACUGCUGUGGCACAUACAGAGCUGGUCCAAUGAGACAAAUCAGCCUGGUUGGAGCAGUUGAUGAAGAAGUUGGAGACUUUUUCCCAGAGUUUCUAGACAUGUUGGAAGAGUCUCCAUUUUUAAAGAUGACUUUGCCGUGGGGGACCAUGUCUACACUUAAGCUUAAGUGCAGAUCACAAAGUGAUGAUGGCCCCAUUCUGUGGGUGAGGCCAGGAGAGCAAAUGAUCCCCACAGCUGACAUGCCAAAAUCCCCAUUUAAACGUCGAAGAUCUAUGAAUGAGAUAAAGAAUUUGCAAUACCUGCCUCGCACUAGUGAACCUAGAGAGGUCCUCUUUGAAGACAGAACGAGAGCACAUGCAGAUCACGUUGGUCAAGGUUUUGACUGGGAAAGUACCGCAGCUGUAGGGGUCUUGAAGGCCGUGCAGUUUGGAGAAUGGAGUGAUCAGCCUCGUAUAACCAAAGAUGUGAUCUGCUUUCAUGCAGAAGACUUCUCUCAAGUUGUUCAGAGGCUACAGCUGGAUCUUCAUGAGCCUCCUGUGUCCCAGUGUGUUCAGUGGGUGGAUGAAGCAAAACUUAACCAAAUGCGGCGGGAGGGAAUCCGGUAUGCACGCAUUCAGUUAUGUGACAACGACAUCUAUUUCAUCCCUCGCAAUGUCAUUCACCAAUUCAAAACCGUAUCAGCGGUGUGCAGUUUGGCAUGGCACAUAAGGCUGAAGCAGUACAGCAACAAUAAAGAAGAGGGACAGCCUGUAGAAACAGGCCGCAACUCCAUUGUUACUCCUCCAGAAACUCAGUCCACCAAUAUAAAAAUAGAGCCAGAGGAGACUCCCCUCUCCAUAACAACACAAGGACCUUUUGUAGCACCAACUCCUUCCACACAAACACAAAGCCUUCACACUCACCAGUCAGAUUUGUAGCUAUGAUAUUGGGAAAAUUUAAUUUUGUAUUCUAUUUUCUUUCUUAAGCCUAUUUUUUAAAUUUUGAUGUGAAGUUAUAGUUUUAUAACGUACUGACUUCAUUCCUGUAAUUUCCAAAUACCAAUUUCAUAACCUUCUAU